GCUGCAGGGAUGUUCUACUAUAAUGAUCAGGCCGUGUACAACCAGACUCCAUUCCCAAUGGUCCCUCCACUGCAGCAACAUCCAUCUACCAAGAGGAAGAGGAAAACGAUCGUUGUCCGAGAUCCUAACCAGGACAACAAGGACAUCACGGAGGAGAUCAUUUUAGAAGCUGGCAGGAGUCGGAAGCCCACUCUGCCAGUGGGAAAUGUCUUUUCCGUCCCUAUGCCUCUGCAGGAUAAGCCAGAGCUCGCUUUCCAGCAGUCUGACUUUGACCUUGAGCCAGUCUCAACCACAGUCGAGAAUUCCAGUGUGUCUCCUGUGAUUGUGGAGCAUCUGGCUUCAGCAGAAACACCAGCAGAUGAGAUCGAAGCGCAGGAAGCCGAGCCGCCGAAGAACGAACCCGAGCCCAGCUCUGAGGAUGAAAGCAACGAUGGGGUCCUUUCACCUGUUGAAGAGCCCAACAACACCAUGCACAGUGAGACCUACUUCUUCUGA